CCCCGCCCCGCGCAUCCGCCCGAGGAUCAUGAGGGGAUGGGGGGGCGCGCUCCCGGCAGCCCCCGCGCGCGCCCGCCGCCACCGCCGCGCGCAGUGACGUCACCGCGGGGCGGGGCCCUGGGGGAGCGCGCGGUCACGGUGUUCCCAGGCUGUGUCAUCUGCCGUGCUUGCUGGAUCUGGGCUAAGAUGGCGUUGAGCCGGGCGCUGAGUGCCCUGUGCCUCCUGCCCGUGCCCCGCCUGCCGCUCCCGGCCUGCGUGCGCAGCAACUCCAACCGCGCCUCCGUCUGCCAGCUGCACCGGCAGCUCUACGGCCGCCGCUACCCCGUGCUGCUGGUCAGCACCGACGGCUCCACCGUGCGCCUGCGCUACAGCGAGCCCAAGAGGAUCCUCAUGCUGCCCCUGGACAGCAGCACGCUGCCCGAAGCAGAACGCAAGGCUCGUCUGCGCCGCCAGUUCCCCAGCAAGCCUAAAGCCAAGGAGGAGGAAACCUUCGAGGGCAUCGACCUGGACACCUACAAGAAGUUCUGGAAGAAGUGAAGCGCUGAAAGCAGAAAUGUAUAAAGAGAAAUAAAUACAUAUAAACAAA